UAAAUAAGCAUUUGUAUUUCAAAGUGUAAAGUUAACCUCUUUUCGUAAGAAUAUUUUUCUAAUGAAUGUUAAGAGAAACUAUAUUAAUAAUUAUAGUGUAAUCGGUAUUUAUUAAGAAACACCGAAAUAGUGUAAUAUAAAUGAAAUUGUCAUUUGUAUUUAUCCAAUUUCUCAAAUGUAUUCAUUUGAUUCAAUUCCUUUCGAAGCCGUAUCUUUAUUACGAAGAUAUUUUGAAUAAAGUUAUAUCUACUUUGUUUUUCAUUUCCUUUAAAUCUAACAUUGAAUGCUGGAGAAAUUGAUCUUAUUCUCUCGUAAGAAGAAUAAAUAUAAAUUAUUAUUAGUUAUUAUUAUAUACUGUAUAUAUUUUAAAAUAUAUACAAAUAUAUAUCACAGUAAUAUAUAGAAUUACUUUUACUCUCCUAGUCUCUUCUGAAAAUAGUACGUAUUAAUCGAAAUGGAUAUUUGGGAAUCUAGAGAUAAGACUAUAAAAAAAGAAAUAAUUAAAAAAGGCAUUUAUUCAAACAAACCUAUAGAAUGUUGUGAAUGCCAGAUUAUAAUACAAGAUGUACAUAUUACUGGAAUGAAUGUUACGGAUUUGAAAAAUCAGCUUCAAACCGAAAUUCUCGAUGAUACUGAAAAGACAAUUAGGAUAGGAGAAGCCAAUUCUGAAAUUGACAGAAAAAUUGAAAGAGGAAUACAGAUGAUGAUGAUCGCAGAGGAAAGUUUGUUUACCAUAUACAUGUCUACACUAUGUAAGGAAGGAGAACAAGUUAUUGUUACUUUUAAUGUAAUUUUGAAGUAUUUCAAGCCUUUUAAAACAAUUUGGAAUUGGACUCCAGAAGAAAAAUAUGAGAUUGCUUUAAAGUAUAAAGAAGUUGGUGUAAAAUUAUUUAAAGAAUCAAGACACAUAGAUGCAUUUCAUAAAUUUAGCAAAGCUUGCAAAAUUUUAAUAACACUAGAACCAAUACCUGAUCUGGAAUUGGAUAAAUCGUUAGAAAAAAAUAUCAAUUCAUUGAGAAUAAUUUUAUACAACAAUUUAGCUGGAUGUCAUAUGCUUAACAAAAAUUAUGAACAUAUAAUUAAAUUAUGUAAUAAAAUUUUAGAAAAAGAUGAAAAUAACAUUAAGGCUUUGUAUAGACGUGGUGUAGCUUACGGUAAAUUAAGAAAUGUUGAAAAUGCUGUUCCUGAUUUGAAAAAAGUUAUUACUCUAGAGCCUCAUAAUGCUGUUGCAAAAGAACAAUUUCUCAUUUAUAAUCAAAAAUUGCAGGAAGCAAAUCAGAAGUGUAAAGAUAUGAUAAAGAGAAUGUUUAAAACUUAAAAAUUAAAUAUCAAGUAUCUUUAAAUCAUUGAAAUAAAAUUGUUUACAGAUAAUAUAUAGAUAAUAUACAGAAUAAAUAGUUAUUUUAUAAAUAGAAAAA